AUGAAGUGCUUUUCUACCACUGGAGCUGUGCUCCUGACUGCUUUCGCGGCAAGCACCGCGACCGCCAUUGAAUUUGACCCGCAGGAUGAAGCGUCACUCCUUAGCGCCACCCGGCAAUAUGCGCGCGGCUUGAUGUCGUUCUACAAGGGCAGCGGUCCAAACGUUCCAAAGGAAGAUAUCGGCAUCUGGCCACGACCCUACUACUGGUGGGAGGGCGGUGCUGCGUGGGGAGGCAUGAUCGAAUACAGCCAGUUCAGCGGUGACGAUUCGUACGUCAGCGUGCUCCAGCAAGCCUUGACUGCCAAUUAUGGGCCGGAUAACGACUUCAUUUUGUCCUAUCGCAAGGACCAGACGGGUAACGACGAUCAGGCGUUUUGGGCGCUCGCGAUUAUGAGCGCACUUGAAUACCGUUUCCCGGACCCUUCACAGGCGCCUGCAGACUAUCUCCAAGUUGUCACCAAUGCAUUCGAGAACAUUGUUGGUCGCUGGGACACGACCACUUGUGGCGGAGGCCUCAAGUGGCAGAUUUAUCCCGAGAACGCGUACGGAUACAAUUACAAGAACGCCAUCUCCAAUGGCUGCGCUUUUGCCCUCGGUGCGCGCCUCGCUCGCUACACGGGCGAACAAAAAUACGCUGAUUGGGCCGUCAAGAUUUACGACUGGACGAAGGAGAUUGGAAUCAUCAGCGAUGGAUUCGAGGUUUUUGACGGAACUGACGACAAGACCAACUGCUCAAAGGUGGCUGACGAGACGCAAUGGUCGUACAACAAUGCCAUGUUCCUUCACGGAUCUGCGUUCAUGUACGACUACACCAACGGCAACAACCUCUGGAAGGAUCGCAUCUCUGGCUUCCUGAACCACGCCGACCUGCUCUUCUUUAAGCCUUUUGGAAACGCCACUGAUAUCAUGUACGAAUGGGCCUGUGAAACUGGCGAGUCUGGAAGGCACUGCAACCUUGAUCAGCAGUCUUUCAAGGCAUACCUCGCGCGCUUCAUGGCCAAGACUGCAAUGCUGGCCCCUUUUACAAAGGACACGAUUGUGCAGCGCCUCACAGCCUCGGCGGUUGGCGCCGCAAAGUCGUGCUCUGGUGGCACAGACGGAACCACGUGCGGUAGCAAGUGGUACACUGGGGCUUGGGAUGGCACUUCUGGUGUUGGCCAGCAGCUGUCGGCGCUCGAGGUUACCCAGGCACUUCUGAUGAUCAAGAAGAACAUGCUCCCUGCCAAGAACAGCGCAUCAAACGUCCCCAAGCCCUCAAACAGCCCGACCCCCAAGUCCAGCCAGAGCCCGACUCCGAGUCAAACUCCGAGCCCAACUCCGAGUGCAGCGCCAGCCCCGACUUCGACACCAGCAGCGUCGAGCGCGGCGGCGAGCGCUCCGGCUUCUUCGCCUAGCAAGAUUCCGUCGAGCGAGACCCCGUCCCCGGAGGUUCCGGCCGACAAAGUCCCCGAAGCCUUGACAUCUGAGAAGCAGCAAAACGCCCAGGCUCCUGCUACUCCCCCGGCCGUCUCGUCGCCCAGCAAGACUCCAAGUAUGCCGGCGUCAAGCGCAACAGUGUCAAGCUCAGUGGUGUCAAGCGCACCAGCAGCGAGCGCACCAGCAGCAAGCUCGCCUCCCGCUUCCACCAACCAGGCUGGGCUCCCGUUCAACCAAAGCAAGCCUUCCUCUGCCAACUACUCUUGUAUCGGCAAUGUCACCAAGACGGUCACUGUCACCAAGCCGUCUCCCACCUCUAGCUGUACACCCAGCGUGACUGUCACCGUCACCGUUCCACCCGUGCCCACAGUACCAGCGGCAGCAACCUCGCUCAUCUCGACGCCCAGCCUGGGACUGCCGCCCGUCAACGGCACCGCCACCUCGCCGACACUGCCACAGUUCACUGGAGCUGGCUCCAUCAACGCAGCCAGCAUCACUUCCGUGGCGGCGUUUGUGGCCGCAGCCGUCUUUGCCCUUGCCUAGACGCACACAUAGCCAUAGC